UGUAAUAUGGCGGAUGGUUUAGAUUAUGCAUCGCAAAGGGGCUGGAGGAUCACGUCCUCCGUGGAAAAAAAAAGAAUCGAAAGGAAAACUUGUGAAGAGGACAGUAUCUGUCCACAAUAGGAAUCUUCGUUUUUUUGCUACUCCCAUCUUGGUUAUUUUUAUAUUUGUCAGAUCCCUAGCUUAUCAAUUUUUCUUGGCGAUUGUGUUUGUCAGUCAGUACAGCAGACGAGCAAUCGCAUCUUACUCUCACCCAACUAACUUGAGAGCUAUCGAAAGUGCUCCGAUUAUGUCCAACACCAGUAAAGCAAAGAGUCCAGUGGGGCCUGGGGAACCAGCUUUGGCUAAUCAGAAGAAAUACCACAGAAAAGCAUUUGAAUUUAUUUCUAAAGCUUUAAAAAUAGAUGAAGAGGAUGGUGUGAGAAAAGAUAUUGCUGUUGAACUUUAUAGAAAAGGAAUAACUGAGCUUGAAAGGGGGAUUGCAGUGGAUGUCGAAGGACAAGGAGAAACCUAUGAAAGAGCUCGUCGCUUGAAAGAAAAAAUGCAGACAAAUCUUGAUAUGGUCAGAGAUAGGCUAGAAAUUUUAGAAAAGCUUUUAGAAAAAAUCUCACUGAAGAAUAAAGAAGAAGAAGAAGCUAGUGCCAGUUCAAAAUCUGCUGUACAAGUCCAAUCCACAAGUGGACGAGUUGAAGCAAAUACAACAGCUGGCCCCUCCACUAUCCAUAAGCCUUAUAUAUCAACCCGACAAGACUUUUGUCUUUUACCCUCUACCACUAAUGUACUGAGUAAAUUCACUUCCCUUAAUUUUGCUGGUCGCAAUACAGAUGCAGUUUCUCACAAGCCAAUGAAGUCAAAAAAUAUUCCAAUGACAGUCAGCAAAGCAGGAAGUGGAGUUAUACCUCGAGGGGGUAGUGGAACAGGGGGAAGAGAAAGGAAAUCAUCUACUUCUUCUACUCCAGGUUCUUCACCAGGAACAAAGCGAAGGCCUACACACCUCAGGCAGGCAUCUCAACCAGAUAUACGAGGAAUGACGAAUGGCAGAGAUAUUUCCAAUGUAAAAUUGAAAAAUGUUGAUAAGAAAUUGGCUGAUCUUAUUCUAAGUGAAAUAGUAGAUAGUGGACAAGAAGUUCUAUUUUCAGACAUUGCUGGACAAGAAACUGCAAAGCAAGCCUUACAAGAAAUAGUUAUUUUACCUGCACUUCGACCUGAGUUAUUUACUGGUCUUCGUUCUCCAGCAAGAGGGCUGCUGCUAUUUGGUCCCCCUGGUAAUGGCAAAACACUUCUGGCUAAAGCUGUUGCUAAUGAAUCUAAAGCAAUCUUCUUCAAUAUAAGUGCUUCAAGUCUCACAUCCAAAUGGGUUGGAGAAGGUGAAAAACUUGUUAGGACAUUAUUUACAGCUGCUAGACAACUUCAGCCUUCCAUUAUAUUUAUAGAUGAGAUAGAUUCUUUGUUGUGUGAAAGAAGAGAGGGAGAAAAUGAUGCAAGUAGAAGAUUAAAAACAGAAUUUCUAGUACAGUUUGAUGGUGUUUCUAGCAGUUCAGAAGACAGAAUUUUAGUUAUGGGUGCUACAAAUCGACCACAAGAAUUAGAUGAUGCUGUUUUGCGGCGAUUUCCUAAACGUGUUUAUGUGACUAUGCCUGAUGUACAGACACGAAGGGUUAUGCUUUCACAUUUACUUUCUAAACAUGGCAAUCCCUUAACACAAAAAGAGCUUGACACUUUAGCCAAACAGACAGAGGGUUAUUCUGGAAGUGAUCUUAAUUCCUUAGCCAAAGAUGCAGCAUUAGGACCUAUAAGAGAACUUAGCCUCCAUGAAGUGAAAUCUAUGGAUGCUAAUAAGGUACGACCUAUUCAAGCCUCGGAUUUCAGAGAAUCUCUUAAACGUAUUAGACGAAGUGUCCCCUUAGAAAGUUUAGGUCGGUAUGAAGAAUGGAACAGAGAAUAUGGUGAUAUUGCAACAUGAACCUUGAUGCAACUUUUAACUACGACCAGCAGGUGUGAUCCAACAUUUUUAGCUGUUGAUUUUUUUGUCUGUAAAUUUUACAGAACUUUUUCUUAACAAAUAUGUGAUGCUCCUUGAAGUUUGUUAUUUAGCAAAGGCUGUGCAUUGAUUUGAUCUGAUCAUGUAUAGUUUCAACAGAAAAAACUUUUAAUUGUUUAAAAGUAAAUGUUAGUCUAAGGGUUUUUUCCCUUGAGCAAUAACUAUCUGUUUGAACACCAUUGAUAACCAGUGUCAUCUCCUGAGUUCUUUAUCUCCGGUGUUUCCUUGUCAGCACUUACAAUUCUUCAAAAUUCUGGAAAAUAUCAUUCAGAGAUUCACAUCUGGCAUUGAUGUUUGAUGUAUUUGUUACAUGAAAAACGCCCCAACCAGAUAUUUAUUCACUUCUAUUAUUUAUCAGAAUUGUUAUAAAGAUGCUUCUUCAUGUGACACCCGUUAUACCCAAACCAAUUUAAACUGACUAAUCUGCUGAUUCUUAAAGAAAUCAAUAUUUAUGAAAACAAGGCCUAAUACCUUUACAUGAAAACUGAACUUCCUAAUUUUUUAUUGUUGCCGUAGCUUAUUGCUGAUCACUAAAAUUAAAAAUUUCUAAUGCCACCAUUUGAACUAUCAAGUCUUUAAUAUAGCUGUUAGCUUCAGCUAAACAAAAUGUAAAUUACUGAAAAAGCUAUGCUACUUAAAAAACCAAAUCUGAAAAAAGUUCUUUGAGCUAUUUGACAAUAUAAAUUGACAUUGUAAUUGUAUACUUUUUUAUACAUUAUUUUAUAAGUUAGUUUUAUUAGAGCUGGAUUCAAGGUUUCAUAAAGCAAUUGCAUAUUAUUUGCUCCACAGAAGGGAUUUGGCAGCUUUAUUUAAAAUUUUAAUGUUUUUUCCUUUUACUUUUAUAGUAAAAUAUUAAACCCAUAGAAUUGAAACUACUUUGCUGUAGAUUUGAUAACACUAGCUAAAUAUCAACUAACAUUAUCCCAUUUCUGCAUAAUAGAUUGAAAAUUAUUAUAUUAUUUUUAAAUAAGGGGCAAUCCUUUGUACCCAAUUACAGAAAAAAUACUCAAGACUUUUGAGAUAGAAAUCGAUUGCUCAACCAAACUAUAUAAACUAUGUUCAUAAAGAUUUUUUAUAGUGCAAACAGGUUAUCUGAGGGAUUUAGAGAUAUCAAGAUUUAAUUUUUUUAAAUGUCUGUAGUAACUGAUGUUUGUAAAGCAGCAUUCAUACAGCAGUUUGUAAAUACACAUGGGGAUAAGUGCUACUUAACUUUUAGGUUUUCUUUACAUUUGCUGUAACACUUGGAUAUGUAUGAUGUAUUCAAACUGGGUGACGUUAUCCUAUUGCUGCAAUUUUAUUUACAUUCAGUAAACAUUCUUAUCAUUGCUAUAAUAGAUAAAUAUUUUUUGUUAGUGCCUUCAGAUUGGUGUAUAAUCUCAAAGCAUAAUGAUAAUUUACUUGAAAAUAUAUUUUUGUUAUGAAAGUGAAAUUCCAUUUUAUUUGAUAAUUUUUUAAAUCAUACACAGCUAUACAUAAAAUAAGUAAUGAACUAGCGUAUUGUUUAAUAUUUAUCUUUUAUUUUUUAAGUUGUAGAUAACAUACACACCUUUCAAUAUUUCAAUUAGCCUGUGUAAAAAAUAAGGUGAUAUUGCCAAACCUCAUGUUAGUGUGUGUAUGUUUUUUCUAACCAAAGAUCUUUUUGGUGUUUAUUUUGUUACAUGUUUUAAAAAAUAGACUUUUUUCUACCUAUGCUGAUUUCUUAAACAUAAAUUGAAUUAAUUCAAAAGCAUGGUUUCCAAACUAUUUGUCACUUCACCCAUCUUGAAAAAAAAAAUGUUGGUGCCUCCCCAUCCAGUUUCAUUCCAUAAAAUACAUUUAGCUAUAGUCUACAUGUAACUAUCUAUAAUUUUUUUUUCUAAUAGUUAUUAGUAGGUCUAAAACCAUAAUCAUUAUUGGUCCUAAAUCCAAAGAAGUGAAAAUCUUUUCAAACAUUAUUCGAAGUAAAAAAAGGUAAUAACUUCCAACAAUAGGUUAGGUUAAGAAUAGAUAAUAUUUUGUAAUGUCAUUUAAAACUGUUCACGUUUACAUAACAUUUUUUAAAGUAUUAAACAGCUCAUCCCUAUAUAAUUUCACUCCCACAGUUAAGACAUAGCUGACAUAAAACAAAUAGGUAAUUAGUUUUAGAUUAAGUAUGUGUUGCUAAGCUAAUUCAAAUGUAUUCUUUCAACAAACUUGUUCUUGGAUGUAAUUUUAAAAAUAAAUUUUAACAUGUAUAUCUGCAUUAAGCAUCAGACUUUUUUUUUUCAUUCAAGAGCAAUGUUUUAGGUCUUCAGAUAAAAUAAAAAUUCACUCUUCAUUAUAAUCACUCCACUCUUCUACCGUAUUUUAAGUUUUGUAUUUUGCUUAUAUUUUUGUGGAUCAAACCCGUUUAGAUACUAUAAGUGUUUCAUGUAAUUCUAACAUUUAAAAUAACUCAACCGUUCUUCAAACCUUUCAUUUUGAACACUGUAAAUAAUUGGCAUUAUAAAGUCAAUGUUGGGUCGAAGAUGUCUGACUAAACUGUAUAGUCUAUGUGAUGUUUGCACAAGAUAUCUAUUGUUUUAUUUUAAUGUUUGAAAUGCUACAAUCUACAAAUAACCACCUAAUCUCUAUUUAUUUGAAACUUGGCUUUAAAUAGUUUCAUGAGAAACUGUGCCAUAUGUAUAGUAUUGAAUAUUUUAUGUGCCAAAGUUGAUGAGAAAAAAGUAUUUCUGUUCAGGUUUAAUUUAGUUUUAAUUUUUAAUUAUUUAUGAACAAUAUGUUUAAAAUUCAUUGCUAAUAAUAUUACCUCUCCUGGGUGAUAAUAAUAAGCUUUUUGAAAAACAGUUUAGGUAUUGAAGUUGUAUAAGCAGGAAAAGUUUUCUAAAACUGUUUUAGGCUAAGUAAUUACUAACAUUCCAAUAGCUUCGUAUUGUUUAUCUGUAGUUUUAGUAAUAGGAUUGUGUGAGAUAUUCUCAUUUUAUUAUUUGAAAAUGACAGCUGCUUAUUUAUAUUGAUAGUAAUGUGCUGCAUAAUCUUUGAACAAAAACUUGCUAAUGAAAAUAUUUUGUUUUCAACACUGCAAUGAUUCUUCCAUUCACUGAUUUGCUUUUCUACAAUUUUUAUUGCUGCUAUGCAACAUUGUCUUGUUUGUCUGGAUCUUUAUAUUAAAGUGUUUUAAUUUUAAGUGCUUGUAUUUGCACAAAUGUGAGUAAAAACUUUGACUUUGAUGCAAGAGUAGCUAUGGAGUAAUUCAUUAUUUUGCAAAACAUGAGUUUGUGUUCCAGGCCAUCCAUAGAAGGUGCCUACGUAUUCCUUCAGACUUCCUUGUCCGGGCUUUACCAAUUUGAAAGAUCUUGUAGGCAUCUAUUGUAUUAUAGUAUUUCUGGCAUUGAUUAGUCUUUUGUUUGUCAUUCAGUUAUAGAAUGAGUGUUUGCCAGAAAUUGUUGUUAUUUGUAAACUGUACUUGUAUAUUGCUUCAAUUAUAUAUACAUAUAUAUAUAUAUGGGGAUUUUUGUCAGUCUGGAUUCUCUACUGGGUUGUUUCUUCAUAGUUCUUGUUCUCUCCCCUCACAUGCUUCUGGAAUUAAAAAUUGUAUGCUAUUCACUGUAAUAAGCUUACAACUUAGUGUAAAACCUUGUAUCCAGAAAGUUCACAGCAAGCAUUUCACAGAUUGUUGACAGAGAAAUCCAUAGCUCAGUAGGAAAAAUUUUAUCACCAGGGGCCCUGAAUUUUGAUUUUAGCUGCUAUUUAAUAGUUCUGAAACAUCUCUUCCAGCUUGUUCCUAGGUUCUAGUCCAUUCCACAGUUCCAGUCUAGCAGCCUUUAUAUACUGAUGAAGCAUUCCCAUCUUUCCCAUUCUUCCACACCCUGAGUUGCACUACUUUUUUUUUGUAAUAUAUGUGACUGGUAACUUUUUUUUUAACUUAGUAAUUUGCUUGAUGAUCAUUGUUAGUAUUUACAUUUAUUUUACAAUAGCUACUUAACUGUUUUCUUGGUGUGGUUUAUGAACAUUAAUUACCAUGUAAUUUGUAAAAAAAAAGAUUUUGCAGACCUAAGUGGUUACUCUUAGUUGUUUAUCAGUCUAUGGGCUAGUUAUUGUUAUACAACUGUCAAACUAUUCAACAAUUUUUAACCACCUUCUCUAAAUCAUGCAAUAUUGUUUUUUUUUGUUCUGUUGGGGGUUGACAUAAAAAUUAUUUUAAAAAAUGUAUUUUUUUAGUAGCAAAUUCAAAUAUUGUCAAUAUUGUGUUUUUUUUCUUUCUGUUGAAACUGUCAGAAGUGUUGGUGGCUUCUAGUUGCAGUAGUCCAAGAAGUGCAUACAAUGUGAAGAGAGUAGCAUAAUUGUUGUGUGUUUCUACCUGAUGAUAAUUGUGUUUUUAACUUGACAGUGUCUAGAUAGGAUUCAGUGAGUGCUAAUAGAAAGGAACUGUUACUUAUGUAUUUAUUAUUAUGUCUUGCUUAUCACUUUGGUAGGUGGAAACAAAGGAAAUAAAAUCAUUCCUUGUGA